UGGACCCAGACCUGAUUUUCACACCCACUGCCCACACCCACACCCACACCCACACCACUCCCUUCACUAACCUGUCUCUCUCUCUAGCCAGCAAGAGAAGUGAGUGAAAAGCAAAGCCAAAGUCACUCCCUCCCCUCAAUCGCUCACGCACACCAGAUUGCAAAAUUAUUACUGCACAACCACUACGCCCCCUCUGUAGUCUCUACCUGAUCCAAUACCUAAAACCAAUACUAUCAUCAAAAGUAAAAUUUAAACCAAAUGAGAUAAAUAAAUAAAUAAAAACACUAAUAAAUUUACAGUUAUUGCUUGCCGCUUGGUAGUUCUGGUUGUUGUUGUUUAUUCUUCAUUGCCCUUUUUUUUUAUCAAAUACAAAAACCCUAACUAGUUUUCACAACCAGUCAGAUCUUGAACUGCCGCUCGAGUUUAACAUAAGGAGCCGACCUACGAUGCGGAACUCGGCUACUGCGAGUUGACUCAAUGGAGAAGUUACAAUAUUCUAUUUGGAAAUGCUAAGCAUUUUCAAGGAUUAUUGUGGUUUUUUUCCCUUCAGUUUUAAUGUCGUCGGCUUCUUUAGCGGCUCCCGAGCGGCCAAGAGCCGGACCUUCCAAUACGGUUUUCAAGAGUGGCCCACUUUUCAUUUCUUCGAAAGGAAUAGGCUGGAAGUCAUGGAAGAAGCGGUGGUUUAUCCUUACACGCACUUCCUUGGUGUUUUUCAAAAAUGACCCUAGUGCUCUACCACAAAGAGGAGGUGAAGUAAAUCUUACUUUGGGGGGCAUUGAUUUGAAUAACACUGGAAGUGUCGUUGUUAGAGAAGACAAGAAAUUGUUAACUGUUUUGUUUCCUGAUGGACGUGAUGGGCGAGCUUUCACCCUUAAGGCUGAAACAUCAGAGGAUUUGUAUGAGUGGAAGACAGCCCUUGAACAUGCCCUUUCACAAGCACCAAGUGCUGCCCUUGUAAUUGGACACAACAGGGUAUUCCAAAGUGACACAAAUGAAGCUGUUGAAGGGUCUUUCCAUCAAUGGAGGGAUAAACAUCCUGUUAAGUCAAUGGUUGUUGGAAGACCCAUUUUACUUGCCCUUGAAGAUAUUGAUGGCGGUCCAUCAUUCCUUGAGAAAGCUCUCCGAUUUCUCGAGAAGUUUGGAACCAAAGUUGAAGGAAUAUUACGUCAGUCUGCAGAUGUUGAGGAAGUUGACCGCAGAGUACAAGAAUACGAACAAGGCAAGACCGAGUUUGAAUCAGACGAGGAUGCUCAUGUUGUUGGUGAUUGUGUGAAGCAUGUUUUAAGGGAACUGCCCUCCUCUCCAGUUCCUGCAUCUUGCUGCACUGCAUUGCUGGAGGCUUAUAAAAUUGAUCGGAAGGAAGCUCGGAUUAAUGCAAUGCGGUCUGCAAUAGUGGAGACAUUUCCAGAACCAAAUCGGCGCUUAUUACAGAGAAUUCUGAAGAUGAUGCACACAAUCUCUUCACAUGCUCAUGAAAAUCGAAUGAAUCCAUCUGCUGUUGCUGCUUGCAUGGCACCCUUGCUACUACGUCCUUUAUUAGCCGGGGAAUGUGAGCUGGAGGAUGACUUCGAUGUUAACGGUGAUAAUUCUGCUCAGCUGCUUGCUGCUGCAAAUGCUGCUAAUAAUGCUCAAGCCAUCAUUACAACACUUCUGGAGGAGUAUGAAAAUAUUUUUGAUGAUGAAAAUCUACACAGGUGCUCUAUUUCAGCUGAUUCCCAGAUAGAAAACAGUGCGAGUGAUGAUUCAAGUGAUGAUGAAAAUAUGGACAUGAAAGACAAUGGUUAUCAUGAUGCAGAAAAUGAAGUUGAUCAAGAUACAGAUAAUGAUCCUGAACGUGCUCUCAGUGGAAAAUUGAGUGAAACCAGUGGUUCCGCUAGCAGUGAUCUCUAUGAUUAUAAGGCAUUUGGUGGUGAUGAUUCAGAUAUUGGAUCACCUAGAACCAAUAAUGCUCCAGCUGAGAGUUCAAAUAUUUCUGUUGAUCCUGUACAAAUGAGAGAUUUCAAUGCUCAACUCAUAGGACAACAAAGUAAACCAAAGAAAGGAAAUGAAAAUUCAACAAGCAAGAUGGAUGCUUCAAGUGUGUUACCGAUUGGUGAAUCUUACCAAUCAAUGGGUGCAAUUCUAGCCUCGGCGGAUCCUGUGUCUCCCAUACUCAUAUCUGGACUGGAAUCAUCUGCUGAGAAGUCAGCGGGUAAAGUUUCAGCCUCCAAUCUCAAUGGGAAGCGAUCAACAUUCUGGGGAAGAAGUAAUGCCAGAAAGACACCAUCAAUGGAAUCAGUUGAUUCUUCUGCAGAAGAGGAGUUUGCUAUUCAGAGGCUUGAGAUUGCAAAGAAUGACUUGAGGCACAGAAUUGCAAAGGAGGCUCAUGGAAAUGCAAUUUUACAAGCAAGCUUAGAGAGGAGAAAGCAAGCUUUGCAUGAGCGUCGCUUGGCACUUGAACAAGAUGUUGCAAGAUUGCAAGAGCAGCUGCAAGCUGAAAGAGAUCUUAGAGCUGCAUUGGAAGUUGGUUUGAGCAUGUCUUCUGGACAGUUUUCCAAUUCUCGCGGCAUGGAUUCUAAAACAAGGGCUGAGCUUGAGGAGAUUGCUCUAGCUGAAGCGGAUGUGACCAGGUUGAAGCAAAAAGUUGCAGAACUUCACCAUCAACUUAAUCAGCAAAGACAGCAUCAUUAUGGUUCACUCUCGGAUGCAAGUGACUGUUAUCAACAUGUUCAAAAUCAUAACCCUCAACAGAGAUUUUUGCAGCAAGAUUUUGAUACAACCCUUGCUUUUGUUAAUCAUGAGAGGAAACAAAGAACUGAGGAGGCUUUGUUGGGGACUGAUCGGAGACAUCUUAAAGGACCGGGGUUAGCAACUGGAAGCAGCAGCAGGCAACCUCCUCGAAAUCAAUUUAUGGAAUCAGCAAGUAUUAGUGACUCAAAAAGUACCGAGGCAUCAACAAAUAUGUCCAUGGAUGAGCUUUGUGGUAUUGAUUCUGCUCCCUCCACUUCCAGAGCGGUGGAGGUGAUGGACUAUCCAAGACAUCCAUCAGCAGCAUCUUCAGCUUUGGUAGAAUUAACAACUCGGCUGGAUUUUUUCAAGGAAAGGCGUUCUCAGCUCAUGGAACAACUCCACAACCUUGAUCUGAACUACGGCACAACAUCUUCGCAAGAUUUUAUUUAUAGACCAUCAUCCCCUCCAUGGAACUGACCAAAUAUGAUGAUGCCCACGAAAUUCACCCGUGGUCUUGUACAUUCCUCAGUGUUGCAUAUAGUUGUAUCCCCUGUACCCUUGCUUACCUUCAAUUUUCGUUCUCUCUCUGCCUGUUUCCGUUUCUGCGGGCAUUUUUCAAGUGCGGAUAUGGUUGAAUUCGUAAUGAUCAAGUGUUCUCUGUGUCAUCGCAUUGCUCUUUCUUUUGUCACAAAAUGUUGUAUGCUGUAUCGUGUCAAUAUUAGGUCGAGAUGUGAAUUGAACAGUUUGGAAGAGACUUUUUUUGUUUUUGUUUUU